AUGGAACGCAAAAAUGGUCUUUUGAAUGGAAAGUUUCCAUUUAAAACUCUACCAGAUGGUACAACUGAUAAGACAAAAGUCAUUUGUGUUUACUGUCGAUGUGAACUGAGCUAUCAUCGUAGUACUUCAAGUCUCAAAUACCACCUGCUGGCGAAACAUACAGCUGAUGCAGAGAGCCCUCCUCCUCACCGAAAGCAAACCACGCUGGAAAGUUUUCAGCAGAGACGCCUGGACAAUUCUACAUCGUGUAAGCUUUCAACAGCCAUUGCUAAAUGGGUAGCUACAGCUUGCAGACUGAUUAACAUUGUGGAGGAUGAAGGACUACUUGACGUAAUUCGCAUUGCAUCAAGCGACAGCACAUAUGAAUUACCUUCGAGAGUCACCACGGUUACCAAUAUACAAAAAUUGUAUCAAGAUGAAAAAGCAAAGGUGGAGGAGACAUUGAGUCAGACAAAAACAGUUGCCCUAACAGGGGACUACUGGACGUCUCUGAGUAAUCACAGCUAUCUCGGGGUAACAGCACAUUAUUUUACAUCAAACUGGGAACUUCGGUCACAUGCUUUGACUGUUAUGAAAACAGAGGACAGACAUUUUGCAGACACAUGCGCUGAACAUUUUAUGCAAGUAGCCCAGCAGUGGAACAUUGAAGUCAGCACACUGACCACAGAUAGUGCACGCAACAUGAUUGCUGCGGCGAGGCAACUACCAUUUGAGCAUAUGCCUUGCAUUACACACAGCCUGCAUCGAGCUAUUGCAGUUUCUCUACAGAACAGUCCAUUUGACAGUGCAUUGACAAAAUGCAGAAAAGUUGUUGGUCAUUUCAAGCACAGCCCAGCAAAUGCAGUGGAACUUGAACAACAACAAAUCGCACACUCCAUCAAGAAAGAGUCGCUCAAUGUGUCAACAAGAUGGAAUAGUACUCUAGAGAUGAUCAAGCGUGUUCUGAGAAAUCAGGAACCACUGAGAGCUGCACUGGCCCAACAAGCAACCACCAUCACAAUGCCAACAUCAGCUGAGCUGGAAAAACUGAAAAAGUUGGAAACGGUGCUGGAGCAUUGCAGAUACAUCACUGAUCUUCUGGAAGGAGAGAAGUUUGUUUCCUGCUCUGUGGUGUUGCCAGCAUUGUGCCACCUCCUGCGAGUAUUGGAGGUCUUUGAGGAGGACCCAGCUUACAUGGUGAACUUUAAAGAGACUCUCAAAACAGAAAUAGAGAAGCGCAAGGAUAAAGCUAACAUCACAUGGCUCAAGGUUGCAACUGCACUCGAUCCUAGGUUUAAGGAUCUCAAGUGUCUUAGCAAACCUGAAAGGGUUGAAGUGUGGCGACUAAUCACUGCUUUGCUAAGGGAGAGGCAGGCACCAGCACAGCCUGAAGAUUCAGCAACAUCGGAGCCCCCCAAGAAAAAAACUGUCCUCAUGCUUUCCCAGUAUUCUUCAUCUGAUGAAGAAGAGGACUGUAUUGAGAGAUCUUUGGAUCGAUACAAGGCAGAACCUACUAUUGAUACAGAGGACUGUCCCCAGAAAUGGUGGUCCAGACAUGAAGGUGCACACAGCGUGAUGGCAUCCCUUGCACAGAAGUACUUGGCAACACCUGCCACAUCCAUACGAUGUGAGAGGUUAUUCUCACUUUCUGGGCAUGUUGUUCAGAAGAAACGAGCUGCACUGUCUUCUGAAAAUGUGAAAAUGCUUGUCUGCUUGAGCAACUGGCUAAUCAUGGCAAAGAAGACGCCAGCUGAUAUCUGCAGCCAGAUGCUUGUGAACCAAGGUCAUACGUCAGUGGUGCCUGAGCCGAAGUGUGAGUUCCUGUCACCCUAG